AUGACAAGCCUGGACGAUUUAACCAAGCAAAUGCAAGACUUGCCCAAUUGGGGUAAGGCUGCAGUAGCUGGUGGCUUAGCUCUUCUCCUCUAUAUUCCGUAUCGUUGGUUGACUUCUGCGCCGAGAAAAAGUCCUGUCAAAGAGGACUGGAAGAGUGGAGUGGUCUACUUAUAUCAGUUUCCACGAACAAAGCUUCUACCGAGUCCAUCUGCUCCAUGUCUAAAAGUGGAAACAUGGCUUCGUAUGGCUGAAAUACCGUACGAGAACAUUUCUUGCCUCCUUUCACCACGUUCCAAGGAGGGACUUUGCCGUUCGUCGAGUUUGGAAGGCGUCGAAUAUCCGGAUUCAUCAUUCAUUAUUCGAGAUCUUACGCGUAUACUUGGGGUUAAGCUGGAAGAUCAUCUGAACGAUGAACAAAAGGCAAUCUCUCGUGCAUUUGAGGAACUCGCUCAUCACUCAUUGUUGGCCUCACAUAGACUGUUCAGAUUGGAGAACGUCUCACAGUUUGCCGAACUUCUUCCACCAACUCUCUUCGGUUUCUUUCAUCCGUUCAUUGUUUGGCUUGUGAAACGGAAUUAUGUCAAAUCCGUGAGUUAUGUCACUUCGUAUCUGAUAGAUCACAUGCAGAACUAA